GUUCCUGGCAGGUCCCAGUCUGAUGACAUUUCCUCAUUUAGUGGCACUCAAUUAGUCCAGAGUAACUGGGACUCAUUAGCAAAUUUGGAGCAAACUCAAAAGGUGAGAGAUAGUGGCUUCCACAAUGCUGUUCCCAUUUGCUUUCCUACCAUCUGUGACCCAUACAAGCUUCCUGUUAGUAACUGAAGGCCAUAUGCUUCACUCUCUAUAAGGUUUUUGCUGAACAAACUUGCACCUCUAUUCCCCUUCAGACAGUCUCACACCACAUUUAUAUUCCCUAGAAAAAUACACGUGGGUGCAAUUUUACAUUCAAUUUCACCUGGUUCUUGUACCUCCUAGUGAUCAUCUAUUGUUCUAGAUUAAGAGUUUCUGCCCUCAGAGCUUAUCCUUGAAAUACUUAAACCUUCCCUGGAUGAAAAGAAGGAAGUCUAAGGUCUUAAAGUUAUAGACCUUGACUUAUUUGCUUUAAAACUUGGUUUCCUCUUAGCUAAAGGGAUGAGUAUAGGGUGAAGUGUGAGAGAUUGAGGAGGGAAAAGAAGAUUAGUAUUUCUUUCUGAUGUGAUUUUGGGGAAAGGAGCAGGCAGACUUUUGUAUCUUGAUUGUGUGACAGUAGAAAAAAUGGUCUGGUUGAAAAGAAAAAAGAGGUGGAUGAUUAAGGUGCUUUCCAGACCUUAGCAAAGAAAAUGACAGAUCUACUAAGAAAUCUCCUUAUGCCGAGGAUUCGGUAGCAGUCCUUCCAGCAGAGAAAAUAUUCAUUAGUAAAAGAAGCCAAAGUGAUGGAUGGAGUCCGGGUCCAGCCAGGGUGAAGAGGCAGUACAGGGUAUCGACCGCAGUUCUCAGGAGAAGAGAGACGGAUCAGCAAGAUGCUGCCAACACCAGCAGCCUCAGGGCUACCCCUGUUCCGGGGCUGGCUCUGGCUGGGAGACAGCCUUCUGUCAUUCUGACCGGUGAUCUUGGUCAGCUUAGCCAAGACCUCCCAAACCUAGACAACACCACUCCAACCCUCUACUCUGCCUCAGGGCAGUGUGGGUUUCCCACAGAGGAGGCAAGACACGGGAGCCGAAGCCCUCCCCCACUACAACUCCUGUGUCCUUCAGCACAUCCUACAGACUCCCUCCCCUUGCCCUUCUGAUUCACAGUGCCCACCUCCCUGCACCUACCCUCUUCGAUCUACAGGGGAGCGGAGUAGCUUCGCGGCCGCAAGCCCGGGAAGGGGCGCCAGACAGCGGGCGGACGCACAGCUUAGAGGGGCGUCUGGGCAGAGAGAGGUUUGGGGCUGGGGUGUGUGUGCAGCGAGCGUGGGAGAGUGGACUGAUAGCACAAAGAAUGUGUGCACACGGGUUAGAAGAGGAGAUGCUGGGGCUUUGGUCUCUUUUCACCCUGCAAUCGUACAUUUCGGAAAGGCUCUCGCCGCAUGCUCAGUAGGCAAUAGCACCCCUCUAAGACUACAUUUCCCAGAAGGCAACGCGUGAGGGAGGGGACGGGGCCAGGCAACCUGUGUUGCGCUUGCGCAAGGACUGAGCUGGGAAGGUAGGGGGGAGAGGGGAGGCGUGCCCGUGGCGAGGCAGGAGGGAGGGGGCCGCGCGGCGGCGGCGCCGGGGCGGGCGCGCGUCCGCGGCGGUGAUGGCGGUGCGUGAACGCGCGGCGGCAGCAAUGGCCGCUCUGGAGCGGCGGGUGCCGAGUCUCGAUGACUUCGCGGGACAGAGCUGGAGCUCGUGGGUGGAGCGGGCCGACUUGCCCGCGGCCGACGGGGCUGAGCUGGAGGAAAGUAGCAAAAAUACAAAGAAGCUGGAUGCCAUGACCCUCAUCAAAGAAGACAUGUCCAUCUUUGGGCACUGCCCUGCCCAUGACGACUUCUAUUUGGUUGUGUGUAACCACUGCAGCCAAGUGGUGAAGCCUCAAGCUUUCCAGAAGCACUGCGAAAGAAGACAUGGGCCCCUCAGCAAGCUUUAUGCCCGGGCCCCACCCCCACCUCCAGCCCCUGCCAGCUCUCAGAAAUGCCAUGUAGUAAAUGGGCAGGGCCCAGCUUGUAGGGCCCAAGGUUCCACCAAAACUUCCUCCAGGGAGAAGGGCCAGGGGUCCCGGAACCGUGGCCACCAGCCUGAGAAGACGCAGAAGGAUAACCUCUGCCUUUUCGUGCCUGUGGUGAAUCUGGAGAAGAUGUCCAGUCUCCCGAAGCCUGAUGGACAUGGAAUCAGGGUGGCUCCACCCUCUGCUUUUCUCAGCCAGCCAGGCAGCCUCACCAAGGACUCCCUUGGAAAAACCCCCAUGGCUCCCCCUUCUAAAGAACCUCCUGGCAGAGACAGUAUCGAGAUAAUCCCCAAUGAGGUGUCCAGUCACCGGGUUGAAGGCAGUCCUCCUGAAAAGGAGCCUGGGGCCAGGCUACCCCCCAAAACCCACCGGAAGAUGGCUCGAAAGGAGUGUGACCUCAACAGGCAGUGUGGGGUAAUAAAUCCAGAGACCAAAAAGAUCUGUACCCGUCUGCUGACCUGCAAGAUCCACUCUGUACAUCAGCGCCGGGAGGUCCAGGGCCGGGCCAAGGACUUUGAUGUGUUAGUGGCAGAGCUGAAGGCCAACUCUCGAAAGGGGGAGUCUCCCAAGGAGAAGAGCCCAGGGCGCAAGGAGCAAGCUCUGGAGCGCCCCUCCCAGGAGCUCCCUUCCUCAGUCCAGGUCGUGGCAGCAGUGGCCGCUCCCAGCAGCACCUUCUCUGCUCGUGCCAAGCAGAUCUACCCAUACUGUACACUACCCAGGUUCCAGGCUUCUUCUGAGAGUGAGUUGGAAGAUGAAGGGCCCUGUGUUGGUGAUGGGGACCCAGGCCUUUUCCCUUUUCCCCUGCCCCGGGGUGGGGCCCAGGCCUCCAGCGAGGAGAGUGAGGAGGAGGGAACAUCUGAUGACCUCCACCUCCCCGCUGACUGCCAUUAUGCAACCCGGCCCCCGCGGCCACAGGCGUUCUGUACCUUUGGGAGCCGGCUGGUGAGCCCAGGAUGUUAUGUGUUUAGCCGCAGGCUGGACCGGUUCUGUUCGGCACUCAGCUCCAUGCUGGAACGGCAUCUCAGCUCACACAUGUGGAAGAAGAUCCCACCAGCGGCUGAACCUCCAUCCCAUCAUGUCAGUUCCUCCUUAUCUGCUCCCCUGAGCCCAUCUUCUAUGGGCAGCUGCCCCCGCCUUCCGGGCCUACCCCCCAGACCUGCCUGCCCAGCCUCCACACCCCCCACCAAGGACUGCUUUGUCCCCAGCUACCCUGCAGGCUCCCCAAGUGUGGCAGCUGCCUGCAGCCAGGCAGAGUGCAUGGGCGGGAGCCAGGCUAUCACCUCACCACUGCCUGCCAAUACUCCAUCUCCAUCCUUCAGCAAGCUGCCACCUUCCAAGGCCAGCAAGUCAUCCAAAGCCAAGGAUGGGGCAGAGAUGGAAGCCCCUUCUCGAAAACGGAAGUUAUCCCCUGGCCCCACCACUUUCAAACGGACCUGCAUCCUGGAGCCCACUGGAAAAGGAAAAUCCUCUGGCUGCCGGGGUCUCUCCGCCAAGACUAAAACAGCCCUGAGCAUGGGGCUUAAUGGGACAGUGGGGCCAAGAGUGAAGCGGGCAGGGCCCUUGGACUGUCGGGGUUCCCCUCAUCAACCCUCCACACCAGUCAAGGCUUCUCAGAUGGAGAACCGGGGAGUAGCUGGACACCCAGCCAAGGCUCUGCCAACCAACUGCCUCUCUGAGGAGGAGGUGGCCAAGAAGCGUAAAAACCUGGCCACUUACUGCCGGCCAGUGAAGGCCAAGCACUGUCAGGCUGGUGCCCCUGCCGAUGUGGCCUGCUCUGUGCGUCGCAAGAAGCCGGGCUCGGCCCUGGCCUUUGAGGAGAAGUGCUCUACACUGAAGUCAAAAGCCCAUUAAUGAGAAAGUGCCUGCCCACUGCAACGGAGCCGCCAGCACCUCCUCCCUUCCAGAUCUGGGCCCCAGGCUGCUGCCGCUUUUUAUAACUUUAUAUUAUUUUUUUUAAGAAAAAAAUUCUUUAAAAUACCUCAA